CGUAUUUGGACAUGGGCGUGGCUUGCGACGUCACACUUGGAUGUGAGGCUAUUUAGGACGAAUAGUGCAGCAUCAGUCAGACUUAGGCCUUGUUGACGUUCAGUUUAAUACUUUCUUCGCUUUCAGUCACGAUGCCGACUAUUAAACUGCAGAGCUCUGAUGGAGAGAUGUUUGAGGUGGAUGUUGAAAUCGCCAAGCAGUCUGUGACCAUAAAGACAAUGCUGGAAGAUCUGGGGAUGGAUGAUGAAGGAGAUGAUGAUCCGGUUCCUCUGCCCAAUGUGAACGCUGCCAUCCUGAAGAAGGUGAUUCAGUGGUGCACCCACCAUAAAGACGACCCUCCUCCUCCUGAAGACGAUGAGAAUAAAGAGAAGAGGACGGAUGACAUCCCUGUGUGGGACCAGGAGUUCCUCAAAGUAGACCAGGGCACCCUCUUCGAACUCAUUCUGGCUGCAAAUUACUUGGACAUCAAAGGCUUGCUAGACGUUACUUGCAAGACGGUUGCAAACAUGAUCAAAGGCAAAACCCCAGAGGAGAUCAGAAAGACUUUCAAUAUCAAAAAUGAUUUCACAGAGGAAGAGGAAGCCCAGGUACGCAAGGAGAACCAGUGGUGUGAAGAGAAGUGAAGAUCCUGACACACUUUAACACUAUGGAUUGUUCAAAAAAAAAACAAAAUAAAAAAUAUAA